CCGCUCGAUGGGAAGAUGCAGCGCUCGGGGCCGGGCGGGGCGGGGCCUGGCGCCGUGCUGGGGGCGGGGCCGGGGCGCGCGCUGCUGAGGCGGGAGCUGCGGCUGCUCGAGUCCAUCUUCCACCGCGGCCACGAGCGCUUCCGCAUCGCCCGCGCCUGCCCGGACGAGUUGGGCUGCGAGUUCCUGCCCGGCCCGGGCGGCGGCGGACCCGUCCGUAUUCAUGGGAACAUCACGGAAUCCUACCCAGCUGUCCCCCCAAUAUGGUCCGUGGAAUCAGACGACCCCAACCUGGCAGCGAUCUUGGAGAGGCUAGCCGACGUGAAGAAGGGCAGCACAUUGCUCCUGCAGCACCUGAAGCGGAUCAUUUCAGACCUCUGCAAACUCUACAACCUUCCUCAGCAUCCAGAUGUCGAGAUGCUGGACCAGCCUCUGCCAGCCGAGCAGAGUACACAAGAAGAGGUGUCCUCCGAAGAGGAAGACGAGGAGAUGCCAGAGGACACGGAAGAGCUCGACCACUACGAGAUGAAGGAAGAGGAGCCAGCCGAAGGGAAGAAGGCCGAAGACGACGGCAUCGGCAAGGAGAACCUUGCUAUCCUCGAGAAAAUCAAAAAGAACCAGAGGCAAGAUUACUUAAAUGGGGCAGUGUCUGGGUCCGUGCAGGCCACCGACCGGCUAAUGAAGGAGCUCAGGGAUAUUUACCGAUCGGCAAGUUUCAAAGGUGGAAACUAUGCAGUUGAACUAGUGAACGACAGCCUGUACGACUGGAACGUCAAACUCCUGAAGGUGGACGAGGAUAGUGCCUUGCACAGUGAUCUACAGGUCCUCAAGGAGAAGGAGGGGACAGACUUCAUCCUCCUCAACUUCACUUUCAAGGACAACUUCCCUUUCGACCCACCCUUUGUAAGGGUCGUGUCUCCAGUGCUGUCGGGGGGGUAUGUCCUGGGUGGAGGAGCCAUCUGCAUGGAGCUUCUAACGAAGCAGGGUUGGAGCAGUGCUUACUCCGUGGAGUCCGUUAUCAUGCAGAUCAGUGCCACACUGGUGAAAGGCAAAGCCAGGGUCCAGUUUGGGGCCAACAAAAACCAGUACAGCCUGACAAGAGCACAGCAGUCGUACAAGUCCCUGGUCCAGAUCCACGAGAAAAAUGGCUGGUACACGCCUCCCAAGGAAGACGGGUAGCAGAGCUGCGGCCGCAGGACGCUCCUGGCUCCCCUGCCGAACGCUGCACUUGGAACCACCAAGGGCGCUGCCUCUGCCUGCCGGGAAACGGACUCCCGCCACCCGUUUUGCAAGACAAUUUGGAGCGGCUCCCACCAGACUUUUCCAGAAUUAUAAAACUGUUGCGAGCAGCCCGGCCGUGGGCUCUGGGCUCGCUUGGACCCCGGGCUGGCUGGCAGCCAGUCACUCUUCUUAAACCACACACACACCUUUUGAUUCUCUUGUAUCGCUGGAAGCUUCCACCAGCUCUGCUGCAGUCCAGAGCACCUCCGCCUCUCCCUCUGCUACGGAUUUAAUUUAUUUUAUUAAUGUACACUGCUUUUUUUUCCUUUUGGUUACAGUGUAUGAUGGAUGUGUACGGGGGAAAAUGUAUCUUUGGAGAACAAUUACAUUUGUUAAUUUGAA